ACCCUUUAUUACAUAUAUGGUUAAACAUAUCUUGAUACAUAUCAAAGUGAUACGUCCAAGUAUGACGUCAUCGAUUGACGCACUACAACCUUACAGGAACGUCAACUAAACGAGUUGAGUGAUAUAAAUUAAGAUGGGUAAGAAAUAGAACAUUAAACUCGCUGCCAUCUCGUAUCAUGUUUAUGUCCCUCGGGACAUAAACAUGAUACGAAAUGGGAAUCCUGUUUAAUAUUCUAUAAAUAUAAUUAAAUUUUUGAAAUAUCUCAUAAUAUAUAUUUUUCAGCAACAAUCCCAGCCGGUCUUCUAGCCUCCUUCUGGAACAUGCCAAUAUUUUCCCAGGCAUCCAGCGACCCGUCUUUGUCGAACAAGAAGACAUACAACACCCUCGUGCGUCUGGGACCCCCUUUCAACAGGAUGGGCAAUGCCUUUGUCGAGCUAUUCGGCUAUUUCAAAUGGAAGCGAGUCGUUAUCAUCUCGAGACGCAAAACGGACCAAAAGAGAGUGUUCUGCGACUAUUCCUCGCGCGCCGCAGACACAACGUUCAGGGCAAACGGAAUAACGGUCGCUGAUUGGGUUAUUAUUGAUGACGGAAUAUCGUUCAAGGAAAUUGAUAUCAUGAUAAACAGAAUCAAGCAAAGAGGGAGAAUUGUGAUAUUGUGUACUGAAAAUGCUCAAGACCGCCGGAACAUCCUGCUCCGCGCAGUGCAUGCUGGUCUGAUGGACGGAAGUUACGUAUUUUUCCUGCCCGAUCACCUCCCGGCGCCUAAUGUGAGAACGCCAUGGAUAACGGGGGGCGAGGACGACAGCAUUGCUAAAAGAGCCUACACCCACGUCUUUCAGAUAACCGUCGCGGAAAUGUCAGGCCCGGAAGUAGAGGCGUUUAAAUCUCUUAUUCCAGUCAAGAUGGCCGAGGAACCGUGGAACUACAACUACACGCUGCUGUCCGGGAAGAAGGGGUCCGACUACGCGGCCUUCCUACACGACGUCGUGUAUCUGUACCUGCUCAUUCUGAACGAAACUCUUGCUGAGGGUCUCGACCAUAGGAACGGCACGCUGAUGUUUGAUAAGGCUAAAGGAAAAUCAUUUCGAGGAAUAACCGGAAACGUAAAAGUUGAUUCUAACGGCGACAGAGUACCCGACUACUGGGUGUUCGACCUUGAACCAGGGGCAGACAACUUCAGCGUUGCUAUAGAAGUAAAGAUAUCCAGUGACGUCGGGCAGAAAAUCAACAUUAUGAAGCCCAUUGUUUGGCAGACACUGGACGGUAAACCUCCACCAGAUAUCCCCGUGUGUGGAUUUUUUAAUGAACAUUGUCAGUCACAGAAAAUCAUCACGAUAGUUGCGAGCUCGCUAAGCUCUGUCGCCGUGAUCGUCAUAACGUUGGCGGGAUACUUUAUGUAUAGGCGUUCUAAAUUUGAGAAAGACCUUGAGAAGAAAUUGUGGAAAAUAGAUCUGAAGGAUAUUAAAUUCAGCAAAAGUCGACUCACAGGAAGCAUAAGCACGAUCAGCAUGCACACUCAGAUCUCGAUGGCCAACGAGCCGUCCAAGGCCUCGGGAGGUCAGGCGGACAACCAGAUCUUCUCAGCCAUCGGCUUCUACAAGGGCAUCACGGUGGCCAUCUGUAAACUCGGGGACAUCAAGAAGUAUUCCAUGUCCAGAAACGACCAGGUCGAGCUCAAAGCGAUGCGUGACCUGUCGCACGAGAACGUAAAUCACUUUGUCGGGAUCUGCAUGGACGAGGAGUACCCUUGUUGGAUUACAAACUACUGCUCCAAGGGCAGUUUACAGGAUAUCAUUGAGAACCACGACAUUAAACUCGACUGGAUGUUUAACCUCAGUAUGAUGACUGAUGCUGCCAAUGGUAUCCAUUACAUUCAUUCCUCACCGCUGAAGUUCCAUGGCAACCUGAAGAGCAGCAACUGCGUGGUUGACAACCGCUGGGUACUCAAGGUCACAGACUUUGGUAUGAAGAAAAUCAGGAAGACUAUGCAGUCGAAAGAGUCAGAACAUCAGACAUACCAAGAUUUAUUUUGGACUCCACCAGAAAUGAUCGAGGCUCAGUUUAAGGGCUUUUCUGUUACUCCUCUGGAUUCCCAGAAAGGCGACAUCUAUGCGCUGGGAGUGAUCUUUUACGAGACCUUACAAAGAACACAGCCAUACGACACUGGCACCGAGGUGCCAAAAGAAAUCGUACACAGAGUUCUAGAACGAGAAAAACCGCCGUGUCGCCCAGACACCGUGGGAGAAAAGAUAUUUCAGACGGCGGACUACCCUCAAAACGCGAUAGCGUUGAUUCACCAGUGCUGGGCCGACGAUCCGAUCGAGCGACCGUCAGCGUCAUUUGUUAGACACGCCUUGAUACGGCUCAAUAAUGGCAGGAAGAUCAACAUCGUGGACAACAUGAUCGGCAUGCUGGAACGUUACGCCAACAACCUGGAGGAGAUAGUGGAGUCGAGGACGGCGGAACUGAUCGAGGAGAAGAAGAAGUCAGACAAACUGCUCUACAACAUGCUACCCCUACAGGUCGCUAACAAACUUCGACGCGGCGAGCAGGUGGUUCCGGAAAUCUACAGCUCUGUGUCCAUCUACUUCUCCGAUAUCGUCGGCUUCACGUCGCUGUCGUCGCAGAGCACGCCCAUCCAGGUGGUGGACCUCCUCAACUACCUCUACACCAACUUCGACUCGACCAUCGCCAAACACGACGUCUACAAGGUGGAGACGAUAGGCGACGCCUACAUGGUCGUCAGCGGCCUCCCCGUGAGAAACGGCAACCGCCACGUGUCGGAAAUAGCCAACAUGGCGCUAGACUUGCUCACAGCCGUUUCUGACUUCAGAGUUCCGCACUUGCCGAAUGUGCAGCUUAAACUGCGUAUUGGACUACAUACUGGAUUGUGCGCAGCAGGAGUGGUCGGCCUUACCAUGCCCAGGUAUUGUCUGUUUGGUGAUACGGUAAACAUGGCGUCUCGUAUGGAGUCCAACGGAGAACCACUACGGAUCCAUAUAAGCGAGGCCACCCAUCUGUCGUUGUCGUUUCAAGGAGGGUUUGACAUGGAACUGAGGGGAGAGAUGGAGAUCAAGGGAAAGGGUAUUCAACGCACGUAUUGGUUAAAUGGAAAGCUUUCAGAAUAACGUCCAUGCAAAUAAACGUGCAAUGAGCAAUUAUUGUGCUUUUCUUAAUUACGUUGUUGCAAAUUAAUGCUUAUAUUGAGGCAGGUACUAUAUGCACUGUGGAAACUAUGUGCGCUCAAGAAUUAUAACUAACUAUAUCAAAUCGUCACAAACGAAUUCGAACUUCUUGGAUGGAUUGCAGGCAUUUUAAUCAUUUUAAUCGCACUUUCUCUAAAGUGCAUUCUUGGACAUUUUACAUUUAGUUUUUCUAUCAUUUUAAUAUUGACCCAGCCACUGCCGCACGACUGUAUAUCGAAGGCUGUGGUUAGUGCUGUCCUGUCUGUGGGAAAGUGCAUAUAAAAGAUUCCUUGCUGCUAAUGGCAAAAUGUAGCAGGUGUCUUCUGAAGACUGUGUGACAGAACGAUCAAAUGUUUGACAUUCAACAGCCGACGCCGAUCUCAGUUGGAAGAGUGGUGAUACCCUCCACCAGCUCCCCUGCUACUAACCACUAGCAGCUAACUAACCAUUCAUAUACUGUCGUGGACAAACUAAAUAGCAGAAGCAUAUGCCUACGGACUCCCAUUUGUGUAGCGGGCAGGCUGAGUUUUCCCCGAAUUAACCGAAAAUGACCGAAUCUGGAUAACAACAUUUGUUCAUAUUAACAUUACUGACAAAUGGUUAUAUUGGGUUGCAAACGAAUUACUACGCAUUUUAACAUGGAUUGCAACUAAUACUGAGUAGAAUGAUGAUAAUGCAUGGUUAAACCGUUUCAGGCAAACUAAUUUUGCCCGAAUAUCUAUCUUUUUUUCCCCGCAUUGAAGAUAACCGCCCUUCCCCCUUCCCCCCAAUCUUGUACGCUUAUGAGCAGAACUCAGUCUGAUUAAAAAUAGCUCUACUGGUCUACCAGUAGAUCUAACAGCAUUGCGUGGAUUCUCAUGUCCAGGUGACAUUUCAUCUAUAAAUAACAAUUUAAAUAUCGACCAAUUACACUUUGCC